AUGACAGACCCCAACAAGAUAAUCAUCAACUUGGCCCUCUUUGGCAUGACUCAGAGUGGAAAAAGUUCUGCUGGAAACAUUCUGCUGGGAAGCACAGACUUUCACAGCAUCUUUGCUCCAUGUUCUGUGACUACAUGUUGUAGCCUGGGCCGCAGCUGUCACCUCCACAGCUUCAUGCGUCGAGCGGGGCGAGAGGUAGCCCUUCAGUUCCAGGUGUUGGACACUCCAGGUUAUCCACACAGCAGGCUGAGCAACGAGCAUGUGAAACGGGAAGUCAAAGAGGCUCUGACACAUCACUUCGGUCAAGAGGGUCUCAACCUCGCACUCCUGGUUCAGAGAGCAGAUGUGCCUUUCUGUGGGAAGGAAGUAACUUACCCAGUCCAGAUGAUCCAGGAACUUCUUGGACAUGCUUGGAUGAAUUACACAGCCAUUCUUUUUACCCAUGCAGAGAAAAUAGAAGAGGCUGGGCUUAAUGAAGAUAAAUAUUUACAUGAGGCCUCUGAUACCCUUAUAACGCUGCUAAAUUCUAUUCAGCACAAAUAUGUUUUCCAUUAUAAAAAAGGAAAAUCAAUCUAUGAACAAAGAAUGAAAAUCUUAGAAAGAAUCAUGGAAUUUAUAAAAGAGAAUGGUUACCAAGUUCUUACCUUUAAAUAAAAUUUAGGUGAAAGGAAAGGAGCAUUGGGUAUUGGAGUCAGAAACCUAGUUUCAAAAGCUGCCUUUGUUGACAUGAAUGUGGACCAUAAGUAUUCUGAUAUGCUGCUAGUGAGAGUGUACAUUGGUAUAACCACUUUAGAAAACUAGAAGUCAAAAAGAACAUCAAUGAUUCAAGAUAUCUAAUGCGAAUCCCGUGACAUAGCAAUUAUACUCCUAAGUAUAUAGCCAACGUAAAUGUGUACAUUUGUGUACUAGAAGACAUGUAUGUACAAUAAUGUUCAUGGAACUACUAUUCAAAAAUUAAACAUACAGACUAUGCAAAUGUCUGUUAAUAGUAGAAUGGGUAAGUAAAUUGUGGUAGUUACCACAGUAGGAUAUUAGAAUAAGUAAUUAGAAUAAGCAAGCUCAACAAUACCAAUUAAUUUCCAAAACAUAAUGUUGAAAAAUAAGCCAGACAUAAAAGAGUACAUACUCUAUGAUUCCAUGUGUAGAAAGCUCACAAACAGUAAAACAAAUGUAAUCUAAACUACUCUGAUGGUAGGAGUGCUGGAAAUCAGGAGAGUGGUUAACUUUGUGGAGGGGAUUGUGAGUGAAAGGUUACACUUGGUGUGGCUUCUGAGUCCACAGUUUGGAGCACAGUUUCACAGGAUGUGUUCACUUUGUGAAAAUGCAACAACAAACACUUGUGAUUUAGAAACUACUUAAAUAUGCUAUAUUUAAAUAAAAGUUAAAAAUAAUUAGUUGUUAUCCAUUAAAAGGGAACUAGCUCCACUGCUUACUUAAUGCCAAAAAAUAAAAAUUGUUUAAACUUGUCAGAGUCUAUUUCCUUCUUUGGAAUACCUACUCAUAGUUAUUGUAAUGAUUAAACUUCCUGGCACAUGGUAGUUGCUUAAAACAUGUUAAUUUUCUUUUCUACUUCCUUGUAACCUCUGGUUUCUAUUUCAGCUUGGAAACAUUUGGUAACAACUGAGAGCAAACCCUUUAGUAAAAAUGAGUAUAACAAUUGUGAUAAUUGACUAUGAAUAAAGCCUUGACUAAAGACCUUCUACCUUUGAUGGCUGGCCACUUUGGUUUAGUGGAGAGCUUCAGGAUGGCCUCAAUGGUAGCAGUGAAAAUUGAAGGGAAAUAAUUCUAAUCAGUCAUAAGAGCAAAGUCCACCAGCAAGUCAAAAAUCAGAUCACUUUCAUAAAUAUUUGUAUAUGAACUUCAUAAUUUAUAAAAUUCUUUCACAAAGACAGUUUCCAAUUUGUAAACAGCUUGUUCUUAUAAGCUAU